UAGUAACCCAUUCAUGGGGCCCGCGCGCGGCUGCAGCCCGGCUCCGCGGUGCUCGCAGCCACCGCCUCCUCUCGGCUCCGGGUCUUCCCCUUCCUUUUACAACUGAUCCUGUUGGGGAUUUUUUUUUUUUCUAAAUUCGAGCGGUGGGGAGGAGCGGGGGGGGGGGACCAGGAGGAAGGGGAGAGAUUAGGCAGCCAUCAAUCUCCCGUUUCUCCCAGAACAGGUGAUGCUUCUAAAUUGUGAUCACUUUCUGGAGGCAGCGCUGCCGCUGGAAGGAUGCGAGCGACCUAGGACGGAGGGCCUCAGGCGGCGGAUCUGAACUUGCGGAGGAUAAAACCCAAACUUUAACUACAUCAGUCCGCACCUCACGCGCGAAGCAAAGGACGGGUUAUCUCCCCCCACCCCUCCCCUCCAGAGAGACUCAAACUUCGGCUCUUGAUCCCUUUUCUUGGAUUGCUUUUGGAGGAGACCGUUUGGUGACAGCGUUGGGAACAGCAGGGACAGUGUUGUAACUCGUAUUUUUAAAGCGACAGUAGACCAGACUUUUUAAAUGUUUGGGAUUCAAGAUACUUUAGGAAGAGGACCAGCUCUGAAAGACAAAUCGCUGGGUGCCGAGAUGGAUUCCGUCAGGUCCUGGGUCCGGAAUGUCGGCGUGGUGGACGCCAAUGUCGCGGCGCAGAGCGGAGUCGCCCUGUCCCGGGCCCACUUUGAGAAGCAGCCUCCCUCCAACUUGAGGAAAUCCAACUUCUUUCACUUCGUUCUGGCGCUUUAUGACAGGCAGGGGCAGCCGGUGGAGAUCGAGCGCACAGCCUUCGUAGAUUUUGUGGAGAACGACAAAGAACAAGGCAACGAGAAGACCAACAACGGCACCCACUACAAGUUACAGCUCCUCUACAGCAAUGGCGUCCGCACCGAGCAGGACCUGUACGUCAGGCUCAUCGACUCGGUCACCAAGCAGCCCAUAGCUUACGAGGGACAAAAUAAGAAUCCGGAAAUGUGCCGAGUUCUCCUGACGCACGAAGUGAUGUGCAGUCGAUGUUGCGAGAAGAAAAGUUGUGGAAACCGAAAUGAGACUCCUUCAGACCCUGUCAUCAUCGACAGAUUCUUUCUCAAAUUUUUCCUCAAGUGCAAUCAGAAUUGUUUGAAAACAGCAGGAAACCCGAGGGACAUGAGAAGGUUUCAGGUCGUGUUGUCAACAACGGUGAAUGUGGAUGGACACGUGCUGGCUGUUUCUGACAACAUGUUUGUUCAUAACAACUCCAAGCAUGGACGGCGAGCGAGAAGGCUGGACCCGUCAGAAGCUACCCCCUGCAUCAAAGCCAUCAGCCCGAGCGAAGGCUGGACCACAGGAGGAGCCAUGGUCAUCAUCAUUGGAGACAACUUCUUUGAUGGCCUCCAAGUGGUGUUUGGGACCAUGCUUGUAUGGAGUGAGCUAAUAACUCCUCAUGCCAUCCGAGUGCAGACUCCUCCCCGGCACAUCCCUGGAGUCGUGGAAGUGACAUUAUCUUAUAAAUCCAAGCAGUUCUGCAAAGGAGCUCCUGGGAGGUUCAUUUACACAGCAUUAAAUGAACCCACCAUAGACUACGGUUUCCAAAGACUGCAGAAAGUCAUUCCAAGGCAUCCUGGGGACCCAGAGAGAUUAGCUAAGGAAAUGCUGUUGAAAAGAGCUGCGGAUCUGGUGGAGGCCCUCUAUGGCACACCACACAAUAACCAGGACAUCAUUUUGAAGCGGGCCGCAGACAUCGCGGAAGCCCUGUACAGCGUCCCCAGGAAUCCCAGCCAGAUCCCAGCUCUCUCCAGCUCUCCGGCUCACGGUGGCAUGAUGGGCAUCAAUUCGUAUGGCAGCCAGCUUGGCGUCAGCAUCUCAGAGUCAACACAGGGAAAUAAUCAAGGGUACAUCCGCAACACAAGCAGCAUCUCUCCGCGGGGCUACUCUUCCAGCUCCACCCCCCAGCAGUCUAACUACAGCACCUCCAGUAACAGCAUGAACGGCUACAGCAACGUCCCCAUGGCCAACCUGGGCGUCCCUGGGUCACCAGGAUUUCUAAACGGCUCCCCCACAGGCUCGCCGUAUGGAAUCAUGUCAUCAAGUCCUACUGUUGGAUCUUCUAGCACGUCCUCCAUCCUUCCAUUUUCCUCUUCGGUUUUUCCUGCUGUCAAACAGAAGAGUGCCUUUGCCCCUGUCAUCAGGCCACAAGGCUCCCCUUCACCUGCCUGCUCCAGUGGCAAUGGAAAUGGAUUCAGAGCCAUGACUGGACUUGUCGUGCCCCCGAUGUAAAGAAGAGGAACUGCUUUCUUAUAGCACAAAACUACUUACUCUGAUGGACCAAUACUGAAGAAAGCACUAUGAGCUCUUUGGGGAGAGUUGUGCCCCAGAACGAACAUGACGGACAGAUUUGGGUGUGCAAGGAGCCGCAUCUCACCUGGUCUCCCGCUUCCUGGAUAGCUCUCAUGGUGGCUACACAAACUGACCCUCUUGGGGACAAGGACAAAAGAUGUCAUUGACGUAGUCAGUGCUAAGAGCAGAAAUGCAAUUCUUUGUUAUGAACAUUAUGAGAACCACCUUCCUAUGUUUGUAAAAUAUUUAAGAAAAAAAAAUUGGCAAACAAUUCAUGCUUAAUAUUUUGGAUACUAUUUGUUUUUCUUUGUAGGAAAAAAAAAGUUGAAAGUUUCUAUUUUC